GGGACAUUGAAAUCAGGGACACACCGAGUUCAAAUGAACAGAGGGACCGGCGGAGCAGUGGAUCUCUUCCUUCCUCCCCAGAGACUCCGCAGGUGCUGGAACCUGCCCUGUGUGUUUGGCAGCAGCGCGACCGAACCAGCAGACUGUCUUAUUUUGAGACCGUACAUUAAAUGUUAGGCUGUAUAAAGUUCAUAAACUUGAGUUUUGUUCUUGCGGUCUGUGCUGACACUUGUAUCUUCCACAGUUUGACUCCAAACUCAAAAGGCAUAAUUCCAAGAACAUUGUUGGUUAGAGAUAAAGGAACCCACUGCUUUAAAAACUUCACUGGAAAAUCAGUGCUUACAGGUUAUUGACAGACCAGGAAAUAAAGAGAAGUUCAUGGCGCGGGGGAACGUUUCCUAACUGAGGCUGUUCGGUGCGGGUAAGGUGUGUCUACUCGAUGUCAAAGUUUCAGUGCCGAUUCCUACCACCUUUUUCCUCGCAUGAGCACUUCCUGGUUCGAGCUCCAAGCACAGGGAGCGUUGCCCGUGGAGCGGCCAAUGGAACUUGUACAAGAAGUCCGCCUCCUUAGUUUUAUUUCGUUUACAUUGUAAAGACUUUUACGAUUUUUUUUAAUAUAAAAGACGAUUGUUUGCAAAUUCCAUGUUCUCAAUGCUUUCUGCCGCGGAGAUUAUAUAAACAGGAGGCACGGCAACACCAUGGGGAAUUUCAUCCGCACUCACUGUGUUUGGCUCAAGUGCAUCUGCCCCUGUGUCUUCAAGGAGCCCAAGCCCAAGCCCAAGGAGCCGGAGCUGACGGUGACGGUACUCGGCAACAAUGCCACAGUGGCCCGUCCGCUGCCCCCGGAGCCGGCACCGCAGCCGCAGGCGCCGCCGUUCAGCGACCAGCGUAAGAUCUACGUGGCUCUGUACGACUACUCGGCUCGCACGCCCGAGGACCUGAGCUUCGAGGCGGGGGAAAGGCUGGAGGUGACCGAUCAGUCGCUGGACAACUGGUGGCUGGCUCGCUCGCUGAAGCGGGGGGAAGGCAGGCAGGGAUACAUCCCCAGCAACUACGUGGCGCUCGACCGCAGCAUAGAGGCAGAGCCAUGGUUCUUUGGAGGGAUUAAACGAGCAGAUGCAGAGAAACAGUUGUUGAUGGUGGGAAAUGGAAAUGGCUCCUUCAUUAUCCGAGAAAGUGAAAGCAAGAUAGGUGACUUCUCACUCUCAGUUCGUGAUGGAGAUACUGUGAAACAUUAUAAAAUCAGACGGUUGGAUGAAGGAGGCUUUUUUAUUGCAAGAAGAUCAACAUUUCAAACUUUGGCAGAUCUGGUCAACAACUACAUGAAGAGCCAAGAUGGCUUGUGUACAAAACUUGAGGCUCCAUGCCGGAAGCUGGAAACACCAGUAACAGUUGGAUUAUCCUACAACACUGUGGAUCAGUGGGAAAUUCCUCGUAGCUCUCUGAAGCUAAUAAAGAAAUUGGGUGCUGGAACAUUUGGAGAAGUAUGGCAAGGAGUUUGGAAUGACAGGACUCAAGUUGCCAUAAAAACACUAAAAACUGGUACGAUGGCCAAACAGGACUUCCUAAGGGAGGCACAAAUAAUGAAAAGAUUGAGACAUCCCAAGCUAAUUCAGUUGUAUGCUGUGUGCACUGUUGAAGAGCCAAUUUACAUUAUUACUGAAUUAAUGAAAAAUGGGAGCUUGCUUGACUACUUACACAAAAACCAGGGGUCGAGUUUGACCAUAAGUGACCUACUGGAAAUGUCUGCACAGGUAGCUGCAGGAAUGGCAUAUUUGGAAGUUCAGAAUUAUAUUCAUCGGGAUUUAGCUGCUAGGAAUGUUCUGGUUGGAGAGAACAACACCUGCAAGGUUGCUGAUUUUGGACUUGCCCGAGUUUUUAUGACAGAUGACGAAAAUGUUUAUGAAGCAAAAGAAGGAGCAAGAUUUCCUGUAAAGUGGACUGCACCAGAAGCCAUCCAUUCAAAUAAGUUCAGCAUCAAAUCAGAUGUUUGGUCCUUUGGAAUACUGCUGUACGAAAUUAUCACUUAUGGAAAGAUGCCUUAUCCAGGGAUGACAAAUUAUCAAGUUAUCCAAGAGGUGGGAAGAGGAUACAGAAUGCCAUGUCCUGCAGAAUGCCCUCCACCACUGUAUGAAAUCAUGUUAGAAUGCUGGAAAGAGAGAGAUUAUGAACGACCAACAUUUGAGACCCUCCAGUGGAAGCUGGAGGACUUCUUUGAGACUGAUCUUUCCGCCUACACAGAAGCGAAUGUUUUUGUUAGUUAAUAUUGGAAAUUCCUUUGGGUUAAUGCUUGCAAUGAAUAGAACUGAUUUAACAUUCACAUCUUGGAUUUUGUUAUAGAGUUUAAUGGCUUUGAUUUAGGCUGGUAUGUAUGUAUGUCAGACAGCUGCGAGUUCAUGCACUAGCCUAAAGGCUAUAAUGAAUUCUAUGUCAUUGAACUUAAUUUGCACAUUGCAAGAAGUAUAUUGAACCUUGUUCCUUUCAUAAGUAGCUGGAGUGACGUCAUUGAAGUGGACUAUACAGAUGAAGAGGCCAAUCAAUACUCCAUGGAUUGGGACGGAAAAGAUUUCUGUUUUGAAAAUGCUGAAUAUGCACACACAUUUGGUGAGAACCAGAUGCAAUGGUUUCUCAAAGAGCCCACCUAUUCUUAAACAUAACAAUGACUGCUUGGGCCAGUUUCCAGAAAGUGUCCCCUGGCCACAGGGGUGUGGUGGGGACCAGUUCUUCAAAAAGAUAGGGAAGGAAUAAUAAAUAAAUCAGCUGUUACUGUGCUAUUUCUAGAUAUCUUUCUGAAAAAUCCUGUUCUGACAGCAACAUCUCAGCUGGAGGAAUAUAGAUUUAUUUUUAUUGAUUGCAUUGGAGAGGAAAAUCAGGCAGGGUAUACAAAGGAUACAACAAAUGUUCUUACAUAUUUUGCCAUCCCACCAAAUAUUUAAGAAAAUGAAAACAAUUUGCAUUUACUAUAGGGAUGUUAUGUAAUACAUAUACAGUAUAUAACACACUUAACCAAUCCUGCCCAAUUUCAUUCAUAUAGUAGUUGCCAGAUUUUAUUAGUUUCUGUCUUAAUCAUCCCCAUGUUCCCCAACUCUACCACCUCUGGGGGAAACUUAGAGAGUCGCACAUAAUUUUAAUGAAUAUCAUAGCCAAAUAAAUAGUCAUCAGAUGAAGAGAAAAUAAUGACAGAAAUUUGUCUUUCAUUGUUUACCCAUCAAUGGAUUUUAGAAAAAUUUGGCAAAGAUACAUGUCUCCUUCAGCAAUUAGUGUUUUUGUUUGGCUAUCUGUAAAUACAAAACCUAAACCAUUUGGUAAUAACCAUUGAACUAAAGCAUCAACUUGUUCAGCAGGUAUUUUCCAAUACAAAAUCAAAUUCUACUACAAUCUGUGUAGUAUUUAUGGUGCCUCCAAGGUAUGUACAUAAUCUUACAUUAUAGGUUUGUUUGGAAUUCAAUGUAAAUUUUUAUUGUGUGAUUUGCUGCUAGUUGAGAUGUACUGUAUAUAAAGGUAAAUAUAUAUGAUGAAAAUUGAGAAGCAAGCAAUCGUAUCCCAUGUAUAUUUUGACCAAGAAAAUUAUUUGAACUUUCAACUAUUUCAGUCUUUUUUAGGUUUUACAUUAAGAUCUCUGUGUUAGUACCGAAAUCCACUCCAACCCCAAUUCACAAUUUUUGAUAUCAGGCUUGAUUAAGAAGUUGCCAACUAAACUUCAAACUAAACUGAUUAACAUUUGGUAGGACUUUGACUAUCCAUAGGCCCAAAUGAGUAUGCAGUUAGUUUUUUUAAUGGUUUACUUUUACCAAGUUGCUUGUUGGAAGGGCCCCUUCCAUUAGACUAUACUGUAUGACUUAACCAUUUACCAAACAGUCUUACAGCAUAAUGUACAGUAGAAACUCCAAUAGAAUUUUAAUUAUGAAAUAUUGGACCAGAUCUUGCUGAAAAGUAAUAGAUUUUAAAUGGUGCUUGUUUCUAAUAAUGGACAAAUUGGCCAGCAACUUGUGGCAAUGAAGAGCUACAUUGUAAACUGUGAAUAGUCAAUAGUUGCAGGAUAAUUUGCAUUAACUUCUUGAAAUGCAUCAAAUCAUUAACUCACUGAAAUUCCUAUAUUUGUAUGUUAAUUGUCCAUGAAACUCAACUACUGAAAAUAAACCUAAUACUAAAUGGAGUAUGUACCCUUUCUAACAUUGUGAUAAGUGUUGAUGACUACUAAUCAGUCUUUUGCAGAAUGUGAAGGGAGUCUCAUAGCUUAUUGUUUUGAGAGAAUUUAAAAAUUAAUGUUUUAAUAUUUUUCUUUUCUUUGGCUUUAUUUCUCUCUGAAUCUUGUCUUUCCCUCUCUCUAUUUCUUUUACUGACAUUGAAUUCACCCACUCCAACUUAUCUUCCCUGUCAGUUUUUCCGUCAUUUAUUUGUCACUUCUUUAUUCUCUUUAGUUAAGGCAGUACAUCAUUUGUUGCAUUGCAAACCCAGGACACGGAUGUACUGUGGCUUUCAAUGCCCCAUUAUCAGAGUAUGUUUCCAAUAAUUUUGUGAGUAAAUAGUUUUAAACCUAAAUGAGUUGUUCUCCUUAAACAAGUUGCUCUAUUCCAACAAAAUCUGGCCCAGUGUUUAUACAAGUGCCUUCGUUGAAUAUCAAUUGCUGGAUUACCAGAUGUCAAAAAAAGGAAUGCCCAUUUAAAUUUAGAUCUUUUGUGAUAAAGAAAAAAAUGUAGUUCUCAUGGUUUUCAGUUUUUCCUUUUGAUUAAUUCAUAUCUUUAACUUCUUUCUAGUGGUUACAGUGCUCAAUAAUAAACCAAACUCAACUGCUGAAGCAGAAUGUUUAGGCUCCUUGUUCGUGGAAUUUGAACUUCAAAUUUGAUUAAGGGCAAUCCUAAAUUGUUGUCCCAAGACAAGUAAGGCAGAAUGGACAUUGUAAUAUGCUACUGCUGUGGAUUCAUACAUACACAUAACAGAACUGUGUGAAAAAUUAUUUGAUUAUUUUUGUAACAUGAACUGAAAAAUAGGCUUCCUUAAGGCAUGGUAACGGUAAUGAACUCUAUAUGUACUCACUUGCCAAAAUGAGGAUCUGCUAGAUGAUUGAUAGCCUUGACCUUCAGACUUAUCCUUCAGUUAUCCUACUUCUAAUUAGUUUAGCAAGACUGUACUCUCAUGUGUCCAAUAUUGCUUGAAUAAUGCAUCAGUCUAUUUUUUUCAUAUACUGUCAGAAUUUUGGUAAAAAGAAAAUUGCUAAACUAGCUAUUUGAUCCAUUGAACAUUAAAAAUAUUUCUUUGUAGGUAGGGUUUAAUAUUCAAACACUAAUAUUGUACACUAAUUGUACUACAGAGCACUUAUAGCAAAAUUUAAUCAUGUCAAAUUAUAAGUAAGGAACUGCUCCAUAAAUUUAUCAGGCCCCAAGAUUACCCUAUAGGACUGCAGUAUAUGAAAACUUAAUAAGUUCAUUCAUCUGAAAUUCCUUUCUCAGCUAUUUCAGAAGAGUUGUGUAAUUUAAAUGGGUUAAUGUAAUCCAAUAAAUAGCAAAGAGAAUUUGAAACAGCAUAUGCCACAUUUUAACAAUGGGGCCAAGGUUUAUAGAAAGUUUCUUCUAACACAUUGAGAAUAUUAAUGUUAAUCAGCAUCUUAUUUAAUAAUUUUAAUAUUUCUUUUAUUUUAACCAACUGGCUAACACGAUAUUAGUUUAGUAUUCAUUUGCUGUGUGGAUCAAUUAUGUUGAUGCUAUGAAAUCUAGCUUUAGAUGUUAUAAAAAAAAUUUGCAAUGUUAUGCUCAAGAUUUAUGUUUAGAAUUGAAGUCUCAACAAGUUUUGUAUUAGGAUAAGUGCUCCUGGAAAUUUUAUUUUUUAAUAAUAUUUUUAAAAAUCUGAUAUUAUUACAUGUUUUUAAUGAACAUAUGUUUCAAAUGAAAGCU